AUGGCCCCGAAUAAAAAACCAGCCCAUAUCAAAGUUUUUCCGAUUCCCCGACUUUCUGACACGCGGACGGAAACAAACGGACGACGGUUCCAAUACUGCGACGAGACUCAUGGCGCCAUCUUGAACGCUCUGCUGGACAAAGCCGACGAGCCCAACAAUCUCGGCGUGGUUUUAAAUCAGGGCUUCGACAAAUUCCACAUCCUAAUGCAAAAGUGCAACCUAGGUCCUAGAGACCGAUGGCAUAGGAAGACGACUGCCAUUCGGGAUUGCGUCGACUGGGUUCGAGCUCGAGCCCGCGAACAUGGCGCCUUAAUCUUCGAGCAAAACAGAUGGGUCCGAGGACGUUCAUUCAAAUCUGAUGCCGAGGCGACUGAAUGGCUUGACACUAAAAUUAGUGGAAGAGCGCGACCUACUUCCCUAAACCAAUCACUCCCUGCUCUGGAUACUCUAUCGCUGGCCGAUAGUGAACCUGAUGAAUAUGUUACUCAGAAUACCGGAAGACGAGUGAGCUUCUCUCAGCCAUCACCUAGCCGCUCAAGGUCCUCUUCACGAACACGCCGCUUUAGUCUUAGGAAUCCUUAG